UUGUCGUCGAAGAGGAGAGACACGCGGACGACAUCCGCGCACGCAUUAUACAUAUAACGAUACAUAUGCGUGUAUACAUAGGAAUAUCUGUGCGAGAUAGUAAAUAUACAACGAAGGAAAGAUAGAAGAAAAAAAGAAAGAGGGGGAUAUCAGGAAAAGCAUGUGCAUUUCACAUACACAAAAGCGUGGGCGACGUUACAGCGAAGGGAGACAAUAAUUUGUACGGUAUGUACAGUAACCGAAUAAUCAGCGAGCAGGAAAGAUGUCGCGUAAACUAAUUGCGCGUUUGACAGUUUGGCUAAUGUUAUUGGUAUCAGCCACAAGUGCCUGUAAUCAGGCAGUUUGCGGCAGCAUAGUGAGCAAGUGUUUGUUGACCGAGAACUGCAAGUGCGACAUGAAGACUUGCAGCUGUUGCAAGGAGUGCUUUUUCUGCCUGAGCUACCUCUACGACGAGUGCUGUUCGUGCGUCGAUCUCUGCCCGAAACGGAACGCGACGACGCGGAAUCCUCUCAGCGCAAAGUCCCACGUCGAGGAAUUGGGCGAACCGGUUCCAGGACUCUUCCAAGCUCUAACCGUGGACCCCGAUCCCCGGGAGAGGUGGAGGAGCUUUAGCUUUCCGGUCGACUUUGACGUCUCGGUCUUCGAAACGAGGCCUGAACUUAUUUACCACCUCGCCGCAGAUUCCAGGCAUCGUAGCACCCUCGCCAGUCGUCGAGACGCGACGAUCGUGACGCUGAAUUGCACGGUUGCUUACAUAGCGCAAUGCAGCUCCUGGAACAAGUGCCAGAUAGCGUGCCAGAGCAUGGGAGCAGCCAGUUACAGGUGGUUUCACAACGGAUGCUGCGAGUGCGUAGGCGAUACUUGUAUAAACUACGGCAUAAACGAGUCACGGUGCAGACUUUGUCCCUUGAUGAAUCGGGCGGCUGAUUACGAGUACGACGAUUACGGGCAGGAGGAUGACGACGACGCCGAGGAUAACCUGGAGGAUCAUCUUCUGGAUGAGCUUAGGAAUUAGAAACAUCAAUACCGCAGCCGUAAUCUGCCGUCCCGGAGGCUCGCGCUUCACUAACGAUCUGUGACAUAGCCUCGAGGGUCUCUGGACUAGAAAAUAUUAGUUAGACCUCGAAAUUUGACGGACUCUAGUUUUACACCUGUUUCACGGAAUUGAAGAAAAUUAUCAUCAUAAUUUCGUAAACAAUAUCUCUCAAGGUUUCUUGAUAAUUUUAAAUAUCAUUAAGACGAUGGUGCAUCAACUGUACGCCAUAUCGGAAAACCGUUCCUAUCGAAAUUGUUAUAAAUUUUUAAUUUUUCGAGGAAAAAAAUAACGACUUUAACGCGUUCACACGCGUUUGACCUUCUUCUCGAUUGUUUUAUACGAAUAAUAUUGUCUAGCGUAUAUUAAUUACUGUGUAUAUGUAUAGGUAUAAGAUAUAUGAAUACAAUUGCCUGGGUAUAAUUAUAUACACUGCGUAGAGUUACUUGAUAGUUUUCAAACCUUUUAACGACUUAUUAAUUUGUAUAUUUUUAAUCAUUAACAAUACACACACGUUUCUUCAUACCACAUUAGAAAUUUAUCUAUUACGCUACAUUGAUAAACAAAUAUUAUAACAUUAUCCCUUCGUAAGGUUUAUUUAAUUAGCGAUACCUGAAAUGACCCAACUUUUUUCUCAAACUGUACGAUAUUAUAAUAUGCACCUAUGGUUAUACUAGCAAUGUACUCGCGCGUUUAUCUGUAUGUUACAACGCAACGCCUCAUAAAGACGUUCAGAAUAUAGACGUUUGGGAUGGUAAAAAAAAUAUA